CAAGCAGUUGAACAAACCCAGAAGCUGAAGAUUGGACAUAACUGCCACACCUGAAGACUGAAAGUGAGAGACCGAGAACAACCCAUUAUCACAGACAGCAGAUAUCCUAUUGGUUACUCUAAGUUCCUGCUUCAGUUGUUUGUUCUGGAGUGUGUUCUGUAAAGAAGUCAUGAAGACCCCAUUUUGGACCCUACUGCUCUUAUGCUUGUGUCCCUCGGGUCACAGUGAUUGCCAAAAGGACUGUUUAACCUGUAGACUCAUCCUACCUGAACACCAAGCGUUUAAUACAUUGGUAUGUAUCCUGGAAUGUGAAUCACGGGCAACUUCUGCACUGACCUGGGAUUUGUGUUACCAAGAAGCAGGUCUGAAACACCUUUCACCACUGUUACAGGAGGAGGAAAUAUCAAAGCGCUCUGAUGGUGAUGAAGUGGAGCCUCUGGCCACAGUGAGCAUAGAAAAUGACAAUGGUAUUGAGUAUAUCGAGGCUUUGGAGCGGUUUCGACACGCCGCGCAAGCACUCAGCAGCCAGCAGCCUUCAGAGGAGGAGAAACUCGAAAUUUCAUAUGACCCAGACAUUGACCCAAGGACAGAGGAGGACCAGGAUGGCGUAGGAGAAGGCAAGAGCGGUGAAGCAGCCGUAAGCAUAUCUAAGCGAUUUGGAGGCUUUAUGAAAGGUCGUCACGGAUUCCGGAAGUUGGUGAGCUCCGGAAGGCCUUUGCAGAAACGCUACGGUGGCUUCAUAGGGAUAAGGAAAUCUGCCCGCAAGUGGAACAACCAAAAGCGUGUGAGUCAGCUACUGAGGCAGUACCUGAGCUUGACGGGUCGCUCGGGGCGUUCAGGUCACACCAGCAACUUAUCCACCAGAAUCUGAAGACAGAAUGCUGUUUAGUUGGGCUUAUAGUACAGGCUUUGGUCUUUUCACUUACCUCAACUCAACUGUUAAUCAGCCAUCAGUAACUGUGAACGUCUAUCAUGCACCACAGCCCCGAACUAGAUAAAUCUGUGUUUAAUCAAAGAAGAGGAAUAUUUUGUAUAGCGUUGGUUUUUAUCAUUGGCACUUCCAUGGUUCUGUUCCUGACAUCAAAAACACCUCAAUCAAGUCGUUAUGACAAAUGUUGCUGAUGAGAACUGAUUGUUCAUUUCAGACUCAAAACUCCUAGAAUUAACCUUGAAGCAUUGUAAAAAUUAAAAAUUAAUACUAAUAAUAAUAAUAAAAGCAGUGGAACUUGAACUGAGCACGUGAAUCAGUUACAAAUGGGUUGUAGUGGAGUAUUGAGUUUUCUUGUUCUGUUUGGUGAUUACUGAGAGAAAGCACUUUAUAUUUUAACCUUGCACACUGACUUGUGCUACGAAUGGUUGUUUAGCACACAUCCUUGACAUAUAAGACUGUCUUAAAAAUUACUAUAGCAAUCAAACGAGUUAUCAAAAUCAAUAGGUGAUCAAAUGUAGUACAAAACUGAAAGAACGAUAUUCUUUAGGGGGCUGUUUGACGUUUUUUUAGACCAAUGCUGCCCCCUAGAGCGUACACUCCGUAUUUGUUAGGAAUACCACGCAUAAAAUCCUUACAAUUAUCAUUGAAAAUAAACAUAGACAGUAAAAGAAAAUAAACGACAACUUCAGGCUUUGUAAACAAAACCGCGGCCCGCCCAUGUUAGCCAAUCAGAAUACGUGGGGGCGGCUCUCUGCCAAUGGCGUGAGUUUGGGGGCGGGAUUACCAGUUUGUCCUAACAGUAAAAGAUGUGUAUCAGUAUAUAUGUUUAAAAACUAUUCAGUAAUUAUUUUUGCAAAUCAGUUUGGUGCUGCAGAAAUGCGCCUUUAAUUGUUUGGUUCCACCUGAUGAUAAUGGCAUUUCGGCUUAGCAUAUGUUCCAGCUCUCUACAUUUGUUUGUGCAUAAACAUAUCCAACCGAGGUAAUCUUAGUGCUUGACACUCUCCCUCACAUUAAUAAUCAGAAUGGGUUUUGAAAACUGACACCCCACAUGUAAGGAAAGAACUAGCAAAUAGUCUUUCGGUGCACUUUACAGUAUUCUGCAUAUAAAUGUAUGGUUUUGUGUGUAGACU